CUGUUACAACGAGCCACAAUGGAGACUAAAUAGGAACUCGAGCGAAAUAUCCGGGCGUUUUAUUUAUUUAAAACAGUAAGUUACAAGUGUAUCAGCAGCGUCAUAAAUCUCCAGCUCAUACAUUGACAAGUAAUCAGAAAAAGAGGUUGCCGACAGAUUGUUGAAGUGUUUCUACAAGUGUUUUGAACAAGGAAAUCGUCUCAGGCUAACGUUAUGUAGCAAGCUAAUCACAUUUAUCCAUUCGUCAACUCAGCUAUCAUUUCAAGGACUGUUACAAAUAUUUCAACAAGGCAUGACUGAGUAUAAACUUGUGGUGGUCGGGGCAGGAGGCGUGGGGAAGAGCGCCCUCACCAUCCAGCUCAUCCAGAACCACUUUGUGGAUGAAUAUGAUCCAACCAUUGAGGACUCCUACAGAAAACAGGUGGUGAUUGAUGGCGAGACAUGUCUGUUGGACAUCCUGGACACUGCAGGUCAGGAGGAGUACAGCGCUAUGAGGGACCAGUACAUGAGGACAGGAGAGGGCUUCCUCUGUGUGUUCGCCAUCAACAACAUCAAGUCCUUUGAGGAUGUUCACCUCUACAGAGAGCAGAUCAACCGGGUGAAGGACAGUGACAGCGUCCCCAUGGUGCUGGUGGGGAAUAAGAGCGACUUAAGUUCCCGCUCGGUGGAGACGCGGCAGGCGCAAGAGCUGGCACGAACCUACGGUGUGCCGUUUGUUGAGACCUCUGCCAAAACCAGACAGGGUGUAGAGGAAGCUUUCUAUUCACUCGUACGGGAGAUUAGAAGAUAUAAAGAGACCAAUCGCAGCAACAAGAAGAGCAAGAAGAACACUCAGAGACGUUGCAUAAUACUAUAGCAAACCACAAACAAGCAUCCCACAGAUGCAGCACUUGUUUCACGCUCCCCCUCUCUCACACACACACACACACACACACACCCACACACACCCACACACCCUGCACCUCCUCUGUCACUUCAGAGACAUCCAGAACAGCUCUGGACAGGGAAGCUGAUCCAGUCUCCUGUGGUCAGUUUUUAGUUAAAGGCGUACUAUGCAGGAUUUGUUGGUUGCUGUACUCAAACAUUGCUCAACAACACCAGAGCGUGCUGUGAGCAGAGGCGGUCAAGUGAGCUGGAGAGUGAAUGAAGAGGAGCAAUGGUAGCGAGAACAAAGAUGGGGAUCAGAUAAAUAAAAUAUUAUUUUCUGAUUGUUUCACAGCGGUUGCGUUCUUAAGUAAACACGUGCGUGUGAAAGUGCCACAUUGCUGGAUUUUUUUUGUGAAUACUGAGCUUCAUCCUCUGUGGCCUCUUUGCUCUGUGUGUGUGUGUGUAGCUCAUCCUUCGGUCAAACGCUCACACAGACCUGCUGCUCUUUAUACAUGAUACAGACAGAGAGACUGAGACAGUGAAGUAACCUGUUCACUACGGGUCCUGACCUCACACCCUAUGUGUUGUUAUUGGCUGGGGGCUUAAAUCCUGCAUAGCAUGCCUAUAACAAUAUGCCGCAACAAGACUGGCCAUUUAUUCAUCCAAUGUGCAGUGUCCAUUUAACGCUGUGAAUUCUGUUGGUUUAUGUUCUGAUGACCAAACAACCAGAAAGUGCAGUUUUAAGUUGAGUUUUGUUUUGUUUGUUUUUCUUUUUGGUUACAGCCAGCAUUUGUGAAAACUUAAUUUGAGUUUGUCAUUCAAGAACCUAAGUGACAAUAAGUCUGGAAAGAUCAUUUCUCCGUCUAUAAUUGUGAUUUGUCCGGCCAGUGUUUCUACAGACAGUUCAGCUCCUGUUCAGGGGUUCACAGCGGUGCGUUGCUGCACUUUGCAUUGUCACAUCAGGUGAUCCAACUCAAAAUGAUUUUAGGAGUCAACACAUUUAGUGUGGUGAAAUUUGUCAUGUGAUUUGCUUAGUAUGCAUCUGUCUUAAUGGAGCCCCACAAAAAAACAUGAAAAUCCUCCUACUGACGAGGAUAGAGUUCACCUAUGAAAAUAUUGAUUGUAGACAGAUGAUUGGCCAAAACUUUCUGAAAGUUGAGAAAAUAGUUGUUUUCUGCUUGUUUCUUUUUUUGGUCUAGUUUUGUUUUUUUUACAGGUUACUGUCCUCUGAUGGUUGAAACACAACAGCAAUAUCAAAGACCACAUCAAUGAAAAUGCUGUAAAAGGACACUUCAACCACAGUAACAAAGCCUCAAAAUAGUGUUUAUUGUAGGGUUUAGGAUUGGUUAGUGCCAAUUGAAAAGUUAACUCAGGAAUAUCAGAAAGUGAGGAAUAACAGACUAGAGCUGUGUCCAAUGAUCGGUUGAGAUAGGAUGUUUACCCCAUCGUCAGCUUAUUGUUGAACCUCUGUUUGUCCCACACAGUCACACUGUAUUCCAAAGUCGUUUUUUAUUGGUCAGUUCCAGUUUUGUUGCAGUUGUCAAGUCGCUGUGUCCAAAUUCUGUUGAAACGCAAACAUCGGACAUGUAGCAUGUGAAAAUGUGCACGUGGUACGACAUAUAAACCACAGCUGAUGUUGAAAUCAGCUCCUAGUUGAGCAGGAAGAGUUCAGACACAGCAACGCUCAUGUUAUCUGAUCAUACUUGAUGCUGGAUGAUAAGGAUAUUCAAUAGAGCAACCAUGUUUUAUAGCUGUUUGUCUUCUUUGAUAAGUAGUCACCCUAAAUGUAAUGGAUUGUUAAAUUUCUAUUUUUGUAGCAUUACCAAUAGCUUUCCCCACUUAAAAAAAAAAAUGCAUUAAUAACCUGCUGCCAUCAGUUAUUUUAAGUUAAAGUAAAUAACUUCAGUUGCAUCCUUAUAACAUGUGAGUCCAUCCAUGGAGGGCUCCCACUUAUCCACCAAGUGUCUGUUUCAUUAUCCAGACUGUUAAAAUAUGGAGCGACUCUUAAAAGGUUUGAAAACCUGACCUGGUCCGAACAAGUCUCUCACUGACAGCUGUGUAAAAUCUGUAAUGAACAAGUUGAGGUCCUUUACAUUGUCUGUUUUGUUUAUCUAAUCUUGGCUCUUUACAGAUAAGAUUUACCAGAGGAUAUGUGUAUUUUUAAAAAGAUGGACAAUACAAGAACUCAUCUCAAACACACAAGGUGAAGCGCGCAUCUGAUUUGUAAGCUCUGACAAAUAAAUCUUUUUGUCUUAAACGAAGUAAGGUCAAUCACUACAUCUAAAUACCCACUAAUUUUGUGCCAUGCCCAUUUAAAAGAGGGUUGUUUCAGCCUCUGGUACCACAUCAUUUGUAAGAAAGGGAUAUGGUUUUUUUUAGGUUUUACUGGGACAAUAAGGUAGAAGAGGAAGGAGAUCAAGUUCUUCUUUUCAUUUCUGUGAAAUUACACACAAUAUGACGUCAGUUAAAACUGGGUCAUACACUAUAAACCCCUAUACAAACACACGUGUCUCACUCAGCAUCUUUGGGUUUUUCCCCCAAUGGGGUUUUCAUGAAAGGGCAACUCUGUCUUCUAAUGGAAGAUGGUUCCCUCUA